AUGGCCAACCAACCGCAACCGUACAAGAUAUCUGUCUCCAAUGACACUCUCAAAGAUCUCCAGCAACGCCUGGCAUUGACCAAAUUCCCCACCCAACUAGAAUCCUCCGAAGAGGAUGAGUGGAAUUUCGGCACCCCAUUGAAAGAACUCCGACGCCUUGUGGAGUAUUGGAAGAAUGGCUUCGACUGGCGCAAGGCAGAGGCCAAGUUGAACGAGCUCCCACAAUAUCAAACGCAGAUCGAGGUGGACGGAUUUGGCCCUUUGAAUAUCCACUAUGUCCAUCAAGUCAGCACGACUAAGAGCGCAAUUCCACUGCUAUUCUGCCAUGGAUGGCCUGGCUCAUUUAUUGAAGUCUCCAAACUACUGCCGCUGCUCAAAGGCGACGAAAACAGCCCCGCAUUUCAUGUCGUGGCUCCCUCGCUGCCCAAUUUUGGCUUCUCUUCAGGAGUGACUCGUCGCGGGUUUGGCCUGCUACAAUAUGCCGAAGUCUUGCACAAACUUAUGAUCAAGCUUGGCUAUGAAAAGUAUGUAACACAAGGAGGCGACUGGGGAUUCUGGAUCACUCGAACCAUUGGCUAUCUAUACCCUGAGCACUGCAAGGCAUCUCACAUCAACAUGGUAUUAGCCAAACCCCCCAGUUUCGCCGAUAACCCCUGGGCAGCGCUACAACACGCCGUCCUGCCGUACAACUCCCGGGAAAAGAAAGGUCUGGAACGGUCUGAAUGGUUCCGGAAAGAAGGCUUCGGUUACAACGCACUGCAAAGCACAAAGCCGCAGACCAUCGGUGCAGCACUAGCAGAUAGUCCCGUUGCCUUGUUAUCAUGGAUCUACGAAAAGCUUCACGACUGGACAGACUCCUACCCCUGGACUGACGACGAGAUCCUCAUUUGGACAUCCAUCUAUUGGUUCUCUGCUGCCGGGCCGGCGGCCAGUGUCCGUAUCUACUAUGAGACUAUACAUCCACAAGGAAACAAGAGUUCCUACGCGCACUUGAUCGAAUACACACCGCAUGUGAAGCUAGGUAUUGCGCAUCUUCCUCGUGAGAUUUCAAUCGUCCCAAAUUCUUGGGCAGCCGGGUUAGGGCCGGUCGUGAGGCAAAGUGAGCAUUCACAUGGAGGUCAUUUUGCUGCUUGGGAAGUCCCUGAGGCUAUUGCCGAGGACCUGCGGGCCAUGUAUAACAAGGAUGGGCCUUGUUACGCAAUCAUCCCAGGAAAAGACGGGUAUUGA